UCACCUCGACUCUAGAUUGAAGCAUCCUUCUCUGGCUAUCAGUCGAGUCACCUAGUUACAGCAGUACUCUGUUAGUGCUUUAAGCUCUCCUCGGUGUACUGGUACUAUACAGAGAGCACGCGAACAGGGAGAAUAAUUAUGAGCUUGCGCACUUCCAACAUUUACCGGGGGUAAUAGAAGCUGAGCCCAGUUGUAUAGCUCCCAAUGAAAGCUCAGUUUCAACCGCUCGUACUUGUUAAAUCUUACAUUUUGCUCCUCUGUACUUCUCAGUGUAGUGAUAUUAUAUUUGCUGGAGCCCAGAUGUCUCGAAUUGAGACUUUGAAUCAGUUUCUGAAUAUUGAGUCUUGCUGAAAAAAAAUAAAUUUUUUUUUUAUCUGUGGAGCUACAAGUAAAAUACCAUCUAUGUACUUGGUAGUCUUUAAGUGAGUGUCGGUAUAAAAAUAUGACAGCUUUUCGCUGGUGACAAACCAGAUUAUCCUGAGACAUAUAUAACAGACGUGUGCUCCUGCACUCGACACCGCCUAUCAUCUUGAUGCCAAGGCAUGCGCUCUAAAAAUAACGAGAUUGAUGUCUCACGGAGCGCAGGUUCCAAGUUUACUGACGUUAUGCUUUACGGUGGGGAUUUUAUGUUCAAAUAUUUUUGCCCAAGACGAAAUAAGUUCAACGACCACAGAGCCUUUUUUGUGUCCAUCGGGAUGUAUAUGUCUCUCCUCCAAACAGGUACUUUGCAAUACCGGUGGAUUAAAGGAAAUUCCCACGUACCUUAAUCAAGGAAUAGAAGAUUUAUCACUAUCAAAAAACGAUUUUUCAACAAUUGAAUCAGACGCAUUCAAAGGCUUGCGUUACUUGCGUAAGCUGAGUCUGGACAGCAACAACAUAACGGUGAUAAAGCCGUUCGCCUUUCGCGGAUUGACCACGCUGACCGAUUUAUCAAUCCAAUACACCCCCCUCAGCUACAUCGGGCAAUAUUCAUUCGCAACUCUGCACAACGUCACCCUAAUCCUGCUAGCCCAUAACAGGAUAAAGUACAUCGAGGAGUUUUCAUUCGCCGGAACCAGCAACAUAAAAUUAAUUCUGCUGACCAACAAUCCGAUAGUGACCAUCCAGAGCAAAGCCUUCUCAGGACUGAACAACGUCGAGCGGCUGAUAUUCCCCUCGGGGAUCCGGACCAUCGAGCCGGACGCAUUCAACGGGCUGUCCAACGUCGGUCUGCUGAAGCUGACCUUCAUGGACUUGACCAGUCUUCUUCCGUACACCUUCCGCGGACUCAGCCACGUCCAGCUGCUCAACAUCCAGGAGAGCGAUCUUGGGACGAUCAAAGUCGACGCUUUCACAGACUCGGAUCACAUUGACAACCUGUACAUACUCAACAAUAAAAUAGACUUCAUUGAAGAGCUCAAGCUCACUGGUGAUAAUGCUGUCGGCGAACUGAGGUUCCAAGGGAACCACGUGCUCAGGUCGCCUCGAGCUAAGGACACUUGGCUGAACGUCCACUCGAUUUCUGCCCAGAAUAAUUAUUUUUCCUGCGACUGUCUCAUCCACGAGUUGUUCGACAGCGACUUCACUAACGGCUCCGUCCAACAGUUCCGUAAAAAUAAUUUCUGCAUAUCACCGUUGGAGUACCAUGGAAGCCCGAUGAGCGAGAUUGAUUUUGAUUUAAUUGCUCGGUGUCAUGAUAAAGUUGUUCAAGAUAAUCUUGGGUCAAGUGCUCCUUCUUUCAUAAGGCAUUUUAUUAUUAUUAUUUCUAUUUUCUACGCCAUCCAGUAAUAUAUGCUUCGCUUUCAUCUGCAAUAUAAAAUAUAUACAUCAAAUCAUCAGUCAUUAAUAUUUUAUGAGUAAAUUGUUAAUA